GUUUUGCUUCUUCAUCCCUGCGUUCUUUGCUAUUGCUGCCGGUUUUAUAACAAUUUGUAUUUCUCAUACUUUAAUUGUUUUGUUGUUUUCAUUAUUAAAAAAUGUCACUGUUAUUGCAACAUGCUGCAAAGCUAAUAACGCGUAGGUCGCUGCCAUUAAAAGUUGUAAGCAGAUGCUAUUCCAUUGACGCGGAAUUAGGAGAUGGCACCGAAGUCCUAGUGGAACGUCUGCAAGGCAAACAGCAGGGCAUAACCGUGUUGGGUCUGAACAGACCAGCUGCGAAAAACGCAUUUAGUCGCGGCCUAGUCAACACUUUCAGUGAUAUCUUGCAGGAUAUUAAGCGGGAUAACGGUUCACGUGUUGUUGUGCUGCGCAGUCUCACACCUGGCAUAUUUUGUGCCGGUGCCGAUUUGAAAGAGCGUAAAGGCAUGAGUACUGAGGAGACUAAAGAAUUUGUGACUCAAUUACGAGGCCUGCUUAUUAGCAUUGAGCAACUGCCCAUGCCCGUGAUUGCGGCCCUGGAUGGGGCAGCCUUAGGAGGCGGCUUAGAAAUGGCCCUUGCCUGCGAUAUACGUACAGCUUCCUCGAAUGCCAAGAUGGGAUUGGUGGAGACACGUCUGGCCAUUAUACCCGGCGCUGGCGGCACUCAGCGUUUACCUCGUAUUCUCUCCCCUGCACUGGCUAAGGAGCUGAUAUUCACAGCUCGUGUGCUGGACGGCGCCGAGGCGAAGGAACUGGGUCUGGUCAAUCAUGUGGUUCCGCAAAACGACACCAAGGAUGCGGCCUAUCAACAGGCGGUGAAAUUAGCUGAGGAAAUAUUGCCCAAUGGACCUGUGGGAGUGCGCAUGGCUAAGCUAGCCAUAGACAAGGGCAUGCAAGUGGAUCUCAGCACGGGCUACUCUAUCGAGGAAGUAUGCUAUGCUCAGGUCAUACCCACCAAGGAUCGUCUAGAAGGGCUGGCGGCAUUCGCCGAGAAGCGCAAUCCUGUAUACAAGGGCGAAUAAGCGUGUCGUAGAGAUAAAUUGAGUCUAAUUUUCAGCUUUAAGCAGUUGCAUUUAUUAGUUUUGUUUUAAUCUUUUUAUUGUUACUUGAAAUGAAUUUGAAUAAUAAGUAAUUCAAUUGUAAAUCACAUAUUUCCAUGAAGCUGCCAGGCAAAUUUGCCAUC